GUCUUGAUUACCUGAGUCAAUAAAAACCCACUGUUUCAUAUGCAGUGUGACUCAGAACCACAUCUGAAACCUGGACCAGCAGUCUCAGCUUAAACAGCUUCAGACUUUUUACCUUUGCUGAGCAGAAGAAGUUCACAGCUGCCCCCCCUCCCCCACAGCGCUCCACAAUGCCUCAUCGUAACUGCUCUGUUGAGAUUAACAACAGCUCUAGCUGCUACACCCUGGCCAACCCAAGGGUUUUCACUGAGAGUGGCUGCUGUGAGGUCCCUCUACCACCCAUGGUGGGUCCCUGCUCCUUUGUCAGUGCGAUGUUCAACAAGACCACUGGUGCUGCGACUGGAGCUGUCGGCGUCUUCACCUAUGACCUCUUUAAUGCCGACCUGAACGACUACAGCCACGUCAUGGCUGUCAUGUUCUCCGUGCCCUAUGACCGGAACCUCUACUCCAACUGGUUUGCCGUGGGAAUCUUUGACAGAGGGAACAACUGCGACUACAACCUCUAUGAUAUCAUGUACAACGGAAAUGAAAACAACUUUGUGAGAGCAAAAGCUGACGGCUCCUGCAUUUCUUAUGAAGGAGACUAUGUUAUUGUCAGUGGCUCCAUGUCAGACUCAGGGGAAGCGGUCCUGAGGGUAAACAUCAGUGACACUGGCAUGUAUUAAUGUAUUCAGUCCAACUGUUAGUACAUGAUCACACUAAGCCUUUUAAAAGUAUCAAUAAGCUCAAUCAACUGACAGAGUUGGUAACAGUCUGAAUGCUGCUUAUUAAUCAAUGUCCAUAGGUACUGGUCAUCACAGUGUGAACUGAUGUCCUACAAAUAAAGACUGAUGUGUCCAUUAGAUCAUG